AUGGAGUACACCAAUGUGUCGAUUCCGGCAUUCGAGCCGACGCCCCUCGAAACGAUUCCUGCCAUCGCGAGCGCCGCGCGCGGCGCUUUCCGCAGUCACAGAACCAAGAGCUUGCAAUGGCGCCAGGUGCAGCUGCGCAAGUUCUACUGGGCCGUCGAAGACUACAAGCCCCAGCUGCUGGCUGCCCUCCAGAAGGAUCUCCACAAGUCCACCUUCGAAUCUCUUCUCACCGAGAUCGACUGGCUCAAGAAGGAUUGCAUCUUUAUGCUCGACCACCUCGAAAGCUUCGCCAAGGAUGAGAAAUUGGGAUCCCCCGCGGUUCCCGCCGUCUACUCGAUCAUGAAGAUGCGUGUGCGGAAGGACCCAGUGGGCACCGUGCUCAUCAUCGGCCCUUACAACUUCCCCGUCCAGCUCCUCCUGGCCCCUUUUAUCGGUGCCAUCGGUGCUGGCUGCACCGCCGUCGUCAAGCCUUCUGAGCUGACGCCCGCCUGCGCCAUGGUCAUCAAGGAGAUGAUCGAGAAGAGGCUGGAUAACGACGCCUUUGCUGUUGUCAACGGUGGCAUUCCUGAGACCACCGCCCUCAUGAACGAGAAGUGGGAUAAGGUCUUCUUCACGGGCAGCGCGACGGUGGGCAAAAUCAUCGCAAGGAAAGCUGCCGAGACACUCACCCCCGUGGUCCUCGAGCUGGGCGGCAAGAACCCUGCUUUCGUCACCAAGAAGGCCAAUCUUGCGCUGGCAGCAAGGCGGCUGCUCUGGGGCAAAACCUUGAACGCGGGCCAGGUUUGCCUCUCGCAGAAUUACAUUCUUGUCGACAAGGACGUUGUCACGACCUUUAUCGAGCAUCUGAAGCAGGCAUACCGUGAGAUGUUCCCUAACGGCGCCAAGGCCAGCCCAGAUUUCGCCCGUGUUGUCAAUCAGAGGCAUUUCUUUCGAUUGAAGAAGAUGCUGGACGACACGAAGGGCAAGAUCGUCAUGGGGGGCGCCAUGGAUGAGUCAGAGCUCUUCAUUGAGCCCACCGCCGUCCUGGUGAACUCGGUCAACGACUCCAUGAUGCAGGAAGAGUCCUUUGGCCCCAUCUUCUCCAUCUACCCUGUGAACUCUCUGGACGAGGCGCUCAACAUUGCCAACCUGGUCCACCGCACCCCUCUGUCUCUGUUUUCGUUUGGCUCCAAAGCGGAGAAUGAAAGGAUUCUUAACGAGAUGACCUCUGGCGGCGCCACGGUGAACGACUCGUACUUCCAUGCCACUCUCAACACGGUGCCCUUUGGCGGCGUCGGCGACAGCGGCUGGGGCGCGUACCGCGGCAAGGCCAGCUUCGACUGCUUCACGCACUUCCGUACCAUCGCGGAGCCGCCCUCGUGGGCCGAAUCGCUGAUGCGGGUGCGCUACAUGCCGUACGACCUGUCGCGGCUCUCCAUGCUCUCCAGGCUGAUGGACAAGAAGCCCAACUUUGACCGCAACGGCCAGGUCAUCAAGGGCUUGGGGUACUGGAUGUCGAUGAUCCUGUGCUUGGGCGGGACGGGCGCGAAAGGUGCGUUAGUGCGGUGGGCGGUUAUUUUGGCCGCACACUAUCUCUAUAGAAUCCGGGCUGGGCAAUAG